AUGACGGAGGCGAUGAUUAGGAAGAAGCCAGGAAUGGCGAGUGUGAAGGAUAUGCCAUUGCUUCAGGAUGGUCCACCACCGGGUGGGUUCGCGCCGGUCCGGUAUGCUCGUCGGAUCUCCAAUACGGGUCCAAGCGCCAUGGCCAUUUUGCUUACCGUCUCAGGGGCCUUUGUUUGGGGCAUGUAUCAAGUCGGCCAGGGCAACAAAAUCCGCAGGGCGUUGAAAGAAGAGAAAUAUGCUGCUCGUAGAGCAAUACUUCCCAUUCUUCAAGCAGAAGAAGAUGAAAGGUUUGUCUCUGAGUGGAAAAAGUAUUUGAAUUACGAGGCUGACGUGAUGAAGGAUGUUCCGGGAUGGAAAGUUGGUGAGAAUGUGUACAAUUCUGGUCGUUGGAUGCCACCGGCGACUGGAGAACUCCGUCCUGAUGUCUGAAGUGGGCAAGCAAACAUGAUUACUGUCACCUCCAAGCUCGCUCUCCUUCCUCCAUUCUUCUCUGUCGUUAACUCUUCUUCUUCUUCGCGUUCAAAAGAGCCAAAAAAGAAAGCGAAACUGAGAGAAGACUGGAGGGAAAAGUCCAAACCUAUACCACCCGGAGGCACUUAUCCAGCCAAAGAUCAUUGCAGCCAAUGCGGGUUAUGUGACACCUACUACAUUGCCCAUGUGAAGGAUGCAUGUGCAUUUCUUGGAGAUGGAAUGUCAAGGAUUGAGAAGUUGGAACCUGCUGUGCAUGGUAGAGGAAGGAAAGCAGAUUCCUUAGAAGAUACAUAUUUUGGGGUGCAUCAGGAGCAGCUCUAUGCUCGUAAGCUGAAGCCUGUUGAAGGAGCACAGUGGACUGGAAUUGUCACAACCAUAGCCAUUGAGAUGCUGAAAUCUAACAUGGUUGAGGCUGUUGUUUGUGUACAAAGUGAUCCUGAAGACCGAUUGUCUCCAAGACCAGUAUUAGCCAGGACACCUGAAGAAGUUUUGGCGGCAAGAGGUGUCAAACCAACUCUGUCUCCUAAUCUGAAUACUCUUGAACUGAUCGAGACUUCUGGAGUGAAACGUCUUCUUUUUUGCGGUGUGGGUUGCCAAGUGCAAGCGUUGAGAUCAGUGGAGCAGCAUCUGAAUCUUGAAAAGCUCUAUGUCCUAGGCACUAAUUGUGUGGACAAUGGAAAAAGGGAAGGACUUGACAAGUUUCUAAAAGCAGCUAGUAAGGAGCCAGAGACUGUUCUCCAUUAUGAGUUUAUGCAAGAUUACAAGGUCCAACUUAAACACUUGGACGGACACAUUGAAGAGGUUCCCUAUUUCUCUCUACCAGCAAACGAUUUAGUUGAUGUCAUAGCUCCAUCUUGUUAUAGCUGCUUUGAUUACACAAAUGCAUUAGCAGAUUUGGUUAUCGGUUAUAUGGGUGUUCCCAAGUAUCCAGGUGUGAACAUGACUGACCAUCCGCAGUAUAUUACAGUGAGGAAUGAGCGAGGGAAAGAAAUGCUAAGCUUAGUAGAAAACCUUUUGGAGAUCUCUCCGACAAUCAGCAGCGGUGAUCGACGACCUUUUGUGACAGAGACCGUUAAGGCAGACGAUGCUGCUAAGUUUGGUCGAGGUCCUUCUCAGCCGGCGCCAAUUUUUGUUGGAAACAUUAUCGCAUUCAUCCUAAGUUUGGUUGGUCCAAAGGGUCUAGAAUUUGCACGGUACUCGUUGGAUUAUCAUACCAUCAGAAAUUAUCUGCAUGUCAACCGCAAAUGGGGAAAACAAAGAGCUGACACUCACAUGCCUUCAUAUUCCAAAAAGAUAGUAGAAAUGUACAACAAAAACGGCCAAAUAGAUCAAAUGCUCUCCGAGAAAUGA